GGCUCAGAUCCCCGAGUUGCCACAUGCAGAGGAAAAUUGCAGAACCGAAGAUCAAAGCUGAACCAAGAAAUCAACAAGGAAUUGAGGCUCAGAGCAGGAGCUGAGAAUUUGUUCAAAGCAACCACCAACAGAAAACUCAGAGAAACUGUCGCAGUCGAGUUGAGUUUCGUCAAUUCAAACUUGCAGCUGCUGAAAGAGCAGUUGGCAGAGUUGAAUUCCUCUGUGGAAUUAUAUCAAAGUGAUAGCACCGAUGCCGUGAUGCCCAUGAUCCCCCUGGGUUUGAAGGAGACGAAGGAAAUAGACCUACGGGAUCCCUUCAAAGAUUUCAUUUUGGAACACUACAGCGAAGACGCUAACCAAUACGAAGAUGCCAUUUCGGAUUUCAUGGACACAAGGCAAGCAAUGCGUACCCCCUUGAGGGACGCUUCUGGCAUAGCUCUGCUCUUCAGAUAUUAUAACCAGCUGUACUUCGUGGAAAGGAGGUUUUUUCCACCAGACAGAUCUUUGGGGAUAUAUUUUGAAUGGUUCGAUUCAUUAACAGGUGUGCCAUCUUGUCAAAGGACUGUAGCUUUUGAAAAAGCAUGUGUACUAUUCAAUAUAGGAGCUGUAUAUACCCAGAUCGGAGCCAAACAAGACAGAUCCACCGCCAAGGGAUUGGAUGCCGCAGUCGACAAUUUCCUCAGGGCAGCAGGUACUUUUAGGUACAUCAAUGAAAAUUUUACGAAUGCCCCUUCGAUGGACUUGGGACCUGAAAUGCUUGAAAUGUUUGUACAGUUGAUGUUGGCUCAAGCGCGAGAAUGCCUCCUGGAAAAACUUCAACUGCAAUCCAGAGAAAAAAGGUCUGUAGACAUCUGCCUCGACCUAUCACAGGAAGCGGCCCAUUUGGCCGAAUGUUACAACGACGUUCAUCUUCUGAUAGCUAACGAUGCAGUCAGAGAUUUCGUGCCGUACAGCUGGACGUCCUUGGUGCAAGUCAAGAGGGAGUACUACACAGGGCUAGCUCAUAACCACGUCGCUGCUGGGAUUUUGCAUAAAGAAGCUUCCUGUAUGUCGGAUGCCACGAAAGAUACACUGUUGUAUAUGCACUCCGAAGCCGGUUCUGCUCAAUUGGACAUCAGGAUGCCCAAGGAUUCCACAGAAAGGAGACUACUAGGAAGAGCACAUUUUCGAGAAGCUUUGGUUCUGUUCGAAGAAGGCCAAAGAUUGCAUCGGAUGUGCAGAGAACUAAGAGGAAAACAUGCUUUGACAGCUGUCUUGAGGAAUGCACAUAAAGCAGCCCUACAUGCGUACACAGCGACGGAGACAGAAGAUGACUUCAGUGAUCUGUUAGAUCCACCUGAUAUUCAAGCUGCAACGAAGUUUCAACUCUCUCUCACCGCCCCAGAUUUUGCACAGUAUCGAGUUAGCGAUUUGUUCAAGAGUUUGGGGCCUAUAGCCAUAUUUUCGGCCAAGAGGCAUUGGACCGCUCCGAGACUAGUUCAGCUGCAUCGUGGAAGGGCUUCUGAAGGAUUUGGAUUUUCUCUCAGAGGAGACGCACCAGUCAUAGUAGCAAUUGUUGACCAAAACUCACUAGCAGAGUCUGGUGGUAUCAAAGAAGGCGACUUUAUAGUAGCAGUAGCGGAUAAAGACGUUAAAUGGUCUUCUCAUGAUGAGGUAGUAACUUUGAUAAAGAAUGCAGGAGAAUGUGUGAGUUUGAAAUUGGUUACACCCAUGGACAGAAAUUAUUUAAAGCCGACUAAACCUACUAAUAACAACAAGGGAUCUGUUUCAACCCACAGCAGUAGCUCAGGUGUUUCAAGUGGAAUGUCUAGUCCAUCUGGAUCCAUGGCUCAACAUAACAACAAUAAAAAGUUGAACUGGAAUCCCUUCAAGAAAAACACUUCAUCUCGAGAUGGAAAAGACUUUUUCGAAAACGUGAUACUGCGAUAAAAAAAAAGUUGGCAUUCUACCAGAGCCCUACUGAGUGUUAUUAUAUUCACUAGUACCAUUUUUUUAGGUGUUCGAACAUAGAUAAAGUAUUGAAAAUGUAUAUUUAUCCACACUUUCUUUAUCUAUUGCGAAAAAAGAAGCCGUAAAAAUGUGAUGCUAGAGAUUUCGUGAUCAGUGCACUUGAAGGUUUCUAGAACUUUUCAUUGACAGACGUUUAUGUCACUGACUUCAGUAAACAAUCCCAAAAUUGUCUUCACAAAUUUUGGUGCUUUGUAAAAAAUCCAUUUUCCACUCUGUACAUGAAAUGUAGGAUAUUUUCCAGUUAAUUCAUUUUAAGUUAGUGAAACUUUGAAAUCGAUAGUAAUACUAGGCAGGACUUCAAUAGCUUGAGUCAAAGUACUGAGAUGAUAUUUAUAUUCAUGUGUAUAAUAUUUCAUAGAUAUAUUUUUCGAAUGAGUUGAUCUGUUAUUAUUCUUCUUCAAUUUCGUCAGUCGUUGAAGAAAGACAGUCGAAUGGAUGUACCUUAUGUUAACAGAUAUGAAUCAGUCACGAUAUAUUUUUGUUGUUAUAUUUAUAUUCUGAAAUGAGAAAUUAUAUUUUAGUCAAUAAC